UGCUUUAUUUUCAUAAAUCAUCCAAACAUGGCCUUCUCCUCACCGAGCCAAAUAGCUCUACCGCUACCGAAGCCUCACCGUUUCUCCUCCUUGUCUCAAUCGCAAAUACCCUUCAAAUUCAUCAAAAUUACGUCUUCACCCACCAAUCCACCAGCCAUAGCUUGUGUCCUCACCGGAAAAUCAAUGGAUGCCGCCGCCAUUCAACGACCCGAUUCGUUUGGCCGGUUUGGAAAGUUCGGUGGUAAGUAUGUACCGGAAACUCUAAUGCAUGCUCUCGAUGAGCUCGAAACCGCCUUCAAUUCGCUCGCCACAGACCAAGAUUUUCAGAAGGAACUAGAUGGGAUAUUAAGAGAUUAUGUUGGCAGAGAGAGCCCUCUUUAUUUUGCUGAGCGACUUACUGAGCAUUAUAAACGUCCAGAUGGUGAAGGGCCAAUGAUCUACCUGAAGAGAGAAGAUUUAAAUCACACUGGUGCCCACAAAAUAAAUAAUGCUGUUGCGCAAGCUUUGCUUGCCAAGCGCUUGGGGAAGAAACGCAUUAUUGCCGAGACAGGGGCCGGUCAGCAUGGUGUUGCCACUGCAACUGUUUGUGCUCGGUUCGGUUUGGACUGUGUUAUUUAUAUGGGUGCUCAAGAUAUGGAGAGGCAAGCAUUGAAUGUCUUCAGAAUGCGACUGCUUGGAGCUGAGGUUAGAUCAGUCCACUCUGGAACUGCUACGCUCAAGGAUGCUACUUCAGAAGCUAUAAGGGAUUGGGUUACAAAUGUUGAAACAACUCACUACAUACUUGGAUCUGUUGCAGGACCACACCCUUACCCCAUGAUGGUUAGGGACUUCCAUGCAGUGAUUGGUAAAGAAACAAGGAAGCAAUCAAUGGAAAAGUGGGGCGGGAAACCAGACGUGCUUGUUGCAUGUGUUGGUGGAGGUUCAAAUGCUAUGGGACUCUUUCAUGAGUUUGUUGAUGACAAAGAUGUGAGGUUGAUUGGGGUUGAAGCAGCAGGUUUUGGUCUAGAUAGUGGUAAACAUGCUGCUACUUUAACAAAGGGAGAGGUAGGAGUAUUACAUGGAGCUAUGAGCUAUUUACUGCAAGAUGAAGAUGGGCAGAUAGUUGAGCCUCAUUCUAUCAGUGCUGGAUUGGAUUACCCUGGAGUUGGGCCAGAACACAGCUUUUUGAAAGAUCUGGGGAGAGCAGAAUAUUAUAGCAUCACAGAUGAGGAGGCUUUGGAAGCCUUCAAAAGGUUAUCUCGGUUAGAGGGUAUCAUCCCCGCUCUAGAAACAUCUCAUGCUCUGGCCUACUUAGAGAAGUUGUGUCCAACUUUACCGAAUGGAACUAAGGUCGUGCUUAACUGCAGUGGUAGAGGAGAUAAAGAUGUUCAGACUGCUAUUAAAUAUUUGAAGGUUUGAUGGAGAAGUUGGUAAUACUUAUCCCAAAGAGUUCUUUGUACUUUAAAGGCAACUUAAAAGAGUAUUUUCUGUUUUAUGGCACAACAAAUUUUGUAAGUUAAAUAAGAUUGUUGUCGAAAAUUUUGUUGAUAGAGCUGUUGAUUCAUGAACCCAGAACCCAAUUCUCUUGAUUGUUAAAAGGUCCAUAUAUACUUCUCGUCACUU